GGCAAACUGGGAAUUUCAGUUUGGUUGCUGUGGAGAUCGUGAUUAAAAGGUUGUUUUAAAUUAGUCGCUGGUAUUGGUAUUUUAAAAUAGAUCUUCUAGACUUAGGAUGGAUUCUAGUGUGGAGGAAAAUGUUCCUAACCAAACGGGAGCAGAAAGCAAAUUGGCCAAAUCAGAGGAGGCCGGGAAGCCAUCAAAUAGCAUUGGCCUGCUGCCGAUUAUGAUAUUCUUGGCGGCCACGGUAACCACAGCGGUGGUGGUGGAACUCCUGCCCCAUGCCAGCAAAGUUUUCCCCUGGAGUUCCAUAGAUUCCCCAGAAGAUCUGCAGCAGCCACCGCCCACGUAUGCGAUCUUUGGACGGAGCCCCACAGAAGAGCACCUGGUGCAUGUGGUGAAAGUACUGGACAUGUUCGGCUACCAAAGAGUGGGCGUCAACGAGAGCUGGAACCUCCUGUGGGCCCACGAUUAUCCUUUUCUCUCCUUCGCAAGCCUUAAGAAUCUCGACCAGAAUCAGUUGGUGAACCACUUUCCGGGCUGCGGCUAUCUUACUAACAAGGUGGACUUGUGCACCAGUCAGCUGCCCUUCCUGCCACGCGCCUUUCGACUGCCGGCGCAGAGGGAGGAGUUCCUGGACUACGCCAGGGACAAUCCGCGGGCACUCUUCGUCCAGAAGCACAACGAACACCGGCACAUCAAGGUCCGAGCUCCGGCUGAUAUUGCAUUCGGAUCCAACGAUUCCUUUGUCCAGGAGUUCGUCCAGAGACCCUUUUUGGUGGAUGGCCACAAGUUCGACAUCGGAGUUUAUGUAGUCAUCACCUCGGUUAAUCCCUUGCGAGCCUACAUCUACACGGGCGACGUUCUGUUCCGAUACUGUCCUGUGAAAUACCAUCCCUUCGAUGCCGAGAAUGUGGACAAAUACAUUGUGGGGGACGACUACCUGCCCACCUGGGAGGUCCCUUCGCUGCGAAAGUACUACAAUCGCUUUGGCGGGAGCAUGCGUACCGUUUUCGAAGCAUAUGUCCGUGAUCAGGACAUGGAACCCGCCAAGAUAUGGCCUCAAGUCGAGCACAUAAUCCGCACUACGAUUGCGGCAAAGGAGAGUGACAUUGUCAAUAUUCUACGCUCAUACAAGACACACAACUUUUUCGAUCUGAUGAGAUUUGAUCUGUUUAUUGACGAGGAUCUAAAGGUUUUCCUCAUGGAGGCCAACAUGUCUCCUAAUCUUUCUUCAGCACAUUUCAAGCCGAAUUCACUUUUGUACGAGCAAGUUCUGUACAGUGUUUUUAACUUAGUAGGAAUUCGGCCACUCACUGCAGCAAGUGGGACCUUGUUUGGUGAGAGCAAUGAGAUGAUCACGGCCGAUAAAAACUUGGCCACUGACUUAAACAGAUGUGCUGCCUACGACUGCGACAAGUCCUGCAACAAGGAGGAAUGCGAUCUCUGCUUACAAUGCCUUAGUGGAUCGGAGUACAAGAUGCUACAGAACGCUCAUGAGGAGCACUUGCAUCGCAUUGACAUGAAGCGCAUUUUUCCUCAACAAAUUCAUGACCUAAAGAGUUUUAACAUUAUGGAAGAAACCGCUAACAUGACGAAGAAAAACGCUUGGAUGACCCGCUGGUUCUAUAUAAAGCGAUGCCGGCUCAUUGCUGGAGUGCCAUUGCCUGUGCGAUGGCCCGGCGUACACUUAUUGCAAACCGAUAAGACGCGAGAUAUGUCAAUGUCAACAUAAACAUAAGCAGCGGAAUAAAUACACAUGGGCAGUGGCAAUCAAUGCCGCUCUGGUCGCAGAGAAUCGCGACCUCGUCGCAACCCGGGCCAUAAUCGGAGCUACACGAGGAAAUGUCAGGUUUGAUAAAAUAUUGGCCGGCACACAUUCUUACUCAGAGUCCGAUAGUCCAGACCAGAGAAUGGAUGGAUGGAUGGACGGACUGGACGCGAGCCCGAGCCCAAGUCUAAGUCCGAGUCCGAGUCCCCCAGUCGCUGAGCAGAGCUGAGCUUUUUUGUCGAAAUGGAGAUGAAGACGACGACGAAGACGCUUUGUCGGCAAUUACUUGUGGCGGUGUGAAGCGAUGGAUUUAUUGCCCCAACAGCUAAUCAACCAGCUGAAUUUAUCGCUGACUUCAUUCGACAUUUAGAGGCUCCAUACGCUGUGCAUUAGUUGUGAUUGCGCCAUGGGAAAAUAAAAAGCACAGCUCCCCAGUAAAGGGACACUGAUCGGGGAUCGACUGAUAGGUGCAAAUUGCUGUUUGAUAAAAAAUGUUUCCCCCGAGCCCAAAUCAGUGCAGGCUAUCGGGUUCUAGUUUCCCGAUCUCGGUUUCUGUGU